UAGGAAUGAGAAAUAUGUUUGUGAUGUAAAUGUUUGGGGAAAUAUAUGUGCUAUAUUAUACUGCUACUGACUUUGAAAGAGUAGACAUGUUUGCGCAAUGCCAAGUAAUAGAAUUAGACAGUAUCUCUGCAUUGAUUCUUAGAACAGAGAUUUGACUUGAGGAGAGUGUAUGUAGCAGUCGCCAGACGCACAUGGCUGUCAUCUCCAUCAUUAAAUAGCACAUGAGGUAUGGUGACCUGCCUUCAAUCACUGCGUGAUCUCAUGUCAAAACAUGGAUGGUUAUAUAGUAGAAUCACUCAUAAAGAACUUGCAAUGGGAAUCCCCCCCCCCCCCACUUGCAUUGCAGCCUUUCCUUAAGUUGCUGUGAUCAAAGUUCAUGGUAUUUAUCCCCUUAGGAAAUCUAAAUUAAUGUUACAGGGAAUUGCCAUCUUUUUAGCUAAGUAUUAUUGUAUGAGCGUGGGUACAUGGAAGCAAUAGAUACAUGGCAAAAGCGAGACAUGUCAGAUUCUAAAGCCAAAGGCAAAGUUGAUUCAAACCUGUUAAAGACCUCAGUCUCCUUCCUGCACAGAACAUAUGGCCAUGGGAAAGAUGAGCAGGCUGUGUCUUCUCUUCCUCUCCUCGCUCUCUUGCUUCUCUGCCAUUGCCUUGUCAUGGCAGCAGCCUCGCCCAGAGACGGUCGACCUUGCGUACCACAUGGGGCCUGUCCUCACCUCCCCCGUUAACAUCUACACCAUAUGGUAUGGCCACUGGGAGGCAGCUCCACAAGGCAUCAUCAGGGACUUCCUGCUCUCCCUCUCCGCCCCUUCUCCUUCCCCCUCCGUCGGCGACUGGUGGCGCACCGUCCGCCUCUACACCGACCAAACCGGCUCCAACGUCACCGGCAGCUUCGUGCUGGCCGGCGAGCUGCACGACUCGGCCUACUCGCACGGCGCCACGCUGUCCCGCCUCGCCAUCCAGUCCGUCAUCAGGUCCGCCGUCGCCGCCCACCCGCAGCGGCUGCCGCUGGACCCGCGCAACGGGCUCUACCUGGUCCUCACCUCGCCCGACGUGGAGGUGGAGGACUUCUGCCGGGAGGUCUGCGGCUUCCACUACUUCACCUUCCCGGCUGUGGUCGGCGUGACGGUGCCGUACGCGUGGGUGGGGCACAGCGGCUCGCAGUGCCCGGGGAUGUGCGCUUACCCGUUCGCGCUGCCGGAAUACAUGGUGGGGGUUCACAACGCGAGCGGCGGCGUUCGGGCUCUCGGAGCGCCCAACCGGGACGUGGGCGCCGACGGCAUGAUCAGCGUGAUAGCCCACGAACUGGCGGAGACGUCGAGCGAUCCGCUGAUCAAUGCGUGGUACGCGGGCGACGACCCGGCCGCCCCGGCGGAGAUCGCCGACCUCUGCGUCGGGGUCUACGGGUCGGGAGCGGGAGGCGGGUACGUUGGGAGCGUGUUCAAGGGAUCAGAGGGGGAGGCUUACAACCUGCAUGGGGUGAACGGGAGGAGGUUUCUUGUGCAGUGGGUGUGGAACCCUGUAAAGAUGACUUGUUUUGGUCCAAAUGCCAUGGAUUAAAGGGCUGUAAUCUUUGAGUUGAGGGAGGGAACAGCCUCAAUCCCUCCUGCAGACACACACAAGAAAAGGAAGAAGAAGACACAGUCUGUCACCUUUCAUUUUGAAGUUCUUCAAGAACAAAUGCCCCAACUAAAAGCAGAUUGUUUUACAUUCAAAUAGCCAGUUUUUGAUUGAUUUCAGAGCUGAAGUUAAUUAGAGCCUACAGUUCUUUGG